CGAAGGUGAGCGGGGGAAUGGGGGAAGGAAAGUCGAGAAACUUCCUUCAGCACAUCAGGAUCAAAAUACGCUUCUAGGAAAAAGGCUGGAAAGUCUUAAUAAUUCACCUAAUAUAAUGGGACAUAUCUGGACCCUUCUCUGUUUCUUGCAAGUCAGCUUUACCGAAAGGAGUUUAUUGAGACAACGUGGACCAACGUAGGUGAGUUCGAGCGUUCAAUAUACGUUGCAACUAAGAAGAAAAGUCAUACAAAUUCAUCUCCAGCCAACCAGAUCAAGGAAUUUUAGCUCAGAUUUAAUCACAAAAUUUCAAAGCGAUUAAUAUAACGAUGAUCCAACUUGAGAUGUAAGAUGGCAGAGAUCUUCGAUUAUAUUUAUCUGCAUUAUAUAUCUAAUAUAUUGUGGGGAUAAGACCAACUAGAAGAGAGAAGCAAACUUAACUCUCUGCUCAAACUCGAAUGGAAUUUAGGCGACACUCAACUCAAGCUCUAACUUUAUCGUCCAUGUCUUUCCUACGUCAUGUUAAGGCAGUUGCAGAAGGUUAGAUAAGAAGACGAAAAUACAACGCAUACGUUAAUUAUCAGUGAAGCAUAAAACUUCCCUUUUAGCAAAACAGUAUAUCAAGUACUUUGUAUCACAACAAGAUCAAAAUGCAUGGUUUGUGUCAUGAAAACUUUUAACGUAUACUUCGUUCGGGAAAUGUCUUCUAUCUUGCGAUUUAGAGCUUGAAUUGACGCAAUCAAAUUUUCAGCGUCAUGCAUACUUUCACCGUUCUAAAGUGCUGCAUUGUAAUUUCAGAUCGAAUUGUAAACAAACUCUCUGCCAGAAAUAUUUUACAUAAAUUCGAAUUUGAUUAAUAUAAACUGAUAGAUUUAGAUACUUAUGUGAUUUAUAGGCUUAGUUAGCGGUUAGAACUGAAAAUCUGUUAGGACUGUUGAAUAUGAAAUGGUCCAACAGUCUGCCUAAACACCGCUACAAAAGUAUGCAGAUCGAAUUUUGUUUGAUCGACCAAAACAUUUUGUCGGGUCAGUUUUCUUUGGCUAAGUUCAGCGAUCAAACCCAAAUAAUUUUGAACUAAAUGGCGUCUGAACACAAUAUUUUAGAAGCUUGUUCAACAUUUAUCAAUAGGAGUUUCAAAUUCUGUAAUCAAAAAUCAAUUUAAAAUUAUAAAAAUUAAACGAACUUGAUACGGAGGCGAUGCUGACGAGACAUUAGCGGCGUCUAAACAUAUACCAUCGGCAUUGAACUUCCUUUUCAGCAAUUCAGGAUUUAACAAAAUGGCCAAAGAAAAAAAACACAGGAAGUACUUUACAGGCCAUUUCAUUGAUUUUCUAGUAAUGACGUAAACCUAUUAUGACUACAGCUUUCCUCUCUAUUGAUCAGACUUUCGAGCGGAAACUGCCAAAAGAUUUUCUCAACGCCCGCUUGAUGAUAUGAAACAAGCUAAAUUUCAGGUUUUGUGAGAGGAGGGAUGAGUAGUUAGUGCUUCAGUAGAAUUCAUAGUUAGCUCCUUUUGGGGAAUCAUGUUAUUAAAAAGCAAGUCAGGCAUCAGUAUUGUUAAGUUAGUCGUGUUGGUAUUAGGUUGCAGAAACAUUCAAUACUGUGGUUGCAAUAGAUUUAGAUACUUCUGUGAUUUAUAGGCUAAGCUAGCGGAUAGCACCGAAAAUCUGUCAGAACUUUUUGAAUGAAAUGGUCCAACAGUCUGCUUAAACACCGCUAGAAAAGUACGCAGAUCGAAUUUUGUUUGAUCGACCAAAAUAUUUUGUCGGGUCAGUUUUCUUUGGUUAAGUUCAGCGAUCAAACCCAAAUAAUUUUGAACUAAAUGGCGUCUGAAAACAAUAUUUUUAGAAGUUUGUUCAACAUUUAAAAAUCAAUUAAAUCAAUCAGUUAAAAAUAAUAAAAAUUAAACGAACUUGAUACGGAGGCGAUGCUGACGUGACAUUAGCGUCCAAACAUUUACCACCAGCAUUUAACUUCCUUUUCAGCAAUUCAGGAUUUAAUAAAAAGGGAAAUGAUGAUUUAACUAGAAUAUUUCUCUCGGUUGAUAUCUCGUUGAGUUCUCAUUGCAGUCGCCGUCCUGAUGUUACAUAAGGUCUGUUAUUGUGUCACGGAAAAAAAGAACCAGCAUGUUCCCUUCUUUCAGUGACUGAAGAGGUUACUUGCUAACUACCUAGCUGUAGGUAGACACCUCUCUUUCCAGUCGGAUUGAUAAUCGAGACUUUCGUCGUUACGGUUUACAAAACAGAGUCAAAGUGUUUUAGGUAAGUCUUGCCCAUAAUGCUAACUGAAAUGCCUUGAACGUUAGAAUUACACGAACGCCUGUCCACAGACUCUUUCAGUGGCAAACCUCUCAAAAUUUAAUUAUAAUGGGAGGGGAAUAAUUGAAAAGAAGAAACUAUUAGCUAAUUAGUUGGUUUGUUAAGGACACUAGCUAGAAGGCUAGCAAAUUCUUGUAAUUUUUGUACCGAAACUUUUGUAUUUUAACGUAGUUUGUAUUGGUUUAUUUGUAUUGUUUAUUGUCAUUUUAAUCUCGUUAUUGGCGUUAAGCCCAGUUUUUUACACGCGAUUUCUGAUUACGUAUUCGCAACAUUUCAUUAGAUUGAUAGAACUUCGCAUGCUAAAUUAAUAUUACAUACACAGUAUUACAUACCCAGAUCACUGGUCUACCCUCUCCAAAACUGUAUCCUUCUUCUCGCGUGUCAGGCCACUUCGCCCGAAGUAAGGUGAUCUUUCGGCCAAUACCAAUAUCGAGCCCAGGGUCAUUUUGGUUCUUUCUGUUAGCAGUAUGGUCGCCAAAUUAUUUCAAUUGGGAAUUUUUUUUUUUUCUCGCAAAAAAGAUAUAGCGUCACCUUCUGAAGUUACUAUGAUAAAGAUGAGGGAAGAAAACAUAGGUGAACGCAGUAAACGUGUUAAUUCUUCACCGUAUUUUCAUAGAGGGCGAAUGUCUUGUAUCCUGAUCACUAGUAAAAUGAUCAUGUGAAAUCAGGGAAAUGUCUCAUUGCAGAAGAAAAAUGAUUCGAUCGACCCGUAUUUCCCUAAAUGAAACACAAACUAGACACGUUUUUUGUGUGUUUGCUGUAUUUUGGUCACCUAGGUUUGCCCAUGUGGCUUUUAUCUUUGUUUUAGCUCUGGAUGCAGCUGAAGAAAAAGUUCUGUUAUUUAGCUUGCAAGCCCCCUGUUUAUGUUUUCCAAGAAAGGCAACAUUGAAUUAACCUAGAGCUUGUCAGCGGUAUUCCAUGACGAAUUGAUAUUGCAUUAAAAGCCAAAAAAACGCGAAGGUUUCUUGGGUUGUUUCUCUAUGACCCAAACAUAAAAGCUUUUUUAAUUCCUAAUGAAUGUGUUAUGAAUAAAUCUUUUCUUUCAAAAGCUGAUAUAAGUGAUGACCACUUCGAAGGACGAUUUAGAAGAACAUCUUAAAUGUUCGAUUUGCCUCGAAAAGUUUACGGAGCCAAAAGCGUUGACCUGUCAACACAUCUUCUGCAAACAAUGCCUGGAGGGACUGGUGACUCGAGUCCGGACUCGAGUCCAGACUCGAGUCCGCAGACGAUACAUUAUCAGGUGUCCCGUAUGCAGAGAAGAAAGUCAGGUACGAAACCAGAAAUUAUUUAGGGAAACGGACCUUUAAUGGCCAAUUGACGUUGUAUCGUAUUGCAUAACAAAAAGCCAGGAAAUCAGGUCCAUAUUGUGCAACAAUAUUAAUAUGCAAAACUUUAAAAUUGAACAAUCCCUUUUAGGCACUGCACACCAAGAAACUAUAAAAUGACGAUUCGAAUAAAUAAGGGGGGGGGGGUUAGUUUCAUUGAGGCCUCUGUCAAUAUGUGGGUGGUAUUGGGAUGCCUCAUCUUCUUCUCCAAGAUUAUUUCAAAAUGAUUAUGGCCGUCCUUUGUGGUUUGAAACAUUUUUCCUUUACUGUUUGCGCACGAUAGUUAAUGCAUACUUUGAAAUCAGUAGUUGUCUACUUUCUCCAGUAAGUUUAUUUAAGAGAGUUUGACUACGUAUCUCAUUUUAAUAACGUGCAAUGGGUCUCGACAAGACGUUCCACAAAUUUUUAUCGAAUAUCUACAAAGCUAUUGCACACAACAAGGUCUAAACGAAAUCCUCAAGGGGCUUGCAGAAGAGCACACAAUUCGCCUUUCAGCCUCUUAACAACAAAAUAUUAUAUUCUCUUUUCCUUUCCAUUCACUGAAAUGUCCAUAAUUAGUCUUGCUUCCUUUUCUCCUCAGGUACUCAAUGGCGAUGUCGCAAACCUUCCGUCCAACUACAUUAUAAAUCAUCUGCUGGAUCUCAGACGCACAAAUUCCAAGCCCUUUUGUAACAAACACGAGGACGAAAUCCUCAAGCUCUUUUGCCUGAAUUGCCAACAGUUGAUUUGUCAAGACUGCGCUUUAAUUGAUCAUCGCGAUCACAAGUACAACUUCGCUAAAGAUGUAUUUCCCGCUGAGAAAGAAAAGAUAGUAAAUGCCAUGCUGGAAUCAAAAGAAAAAGUCCUUGCUUUACAAGGAUCUAUGGGUGCUUUUGAGGAGCAGAAAAAGAGUCUGGAUCAAAACGCGCGAGAGGUCGACCAGAAAAUUGACGGCUUCUUUAAUGAAGUAAUUCAGUUCCUAAAAGGAGAAAAGCAACGCAUGAAGGAUGAACUUAAAAGAGCAGUAAAGACCCAGAAGGAAGAAAUUCAUAAAGAGUUGAGUUAUUUCGAAGCUUCACUCGAGUAUGCAAGCAGUAGACUUGAGGUUAUAGAACACCUCCUGGCUAAAGUAAGCGACGAAGAUGCCCUAUUGGCAAAGAACGAUAUGCUAAAACAACUCAGUGAUAUUAACUCUGUUUUGCCCCAUUUACAGCCAACCCCUCAGACGACAUAUGACUUUGGGGCCGAUGGCAUGUUGGAUGUGAUUAAUAAAAUGGAAGCUAUUUCUUUACAUUAAACAGUGGUACACAUUUACGAGGGUGGUAAAUGGUUUACACGUGUCGCGUGAUUAAGGCCAAAGUCAAUAUGUAACCAUUUUAAAGAAAAGCGAGCGUGAUUCGUGAAUUUAUUAACCAGCGUGAGACGUGAUCAUUGCCUCCUUAAAUAUAUGCCACCCGUGAAAUCCUCAAGAGGAAGACAGAUUUUAGGUUUUCCUUUUUUAUUCAUGUGCGUGAUGCGUGAAUUUUUCUGAAAAUCCGUGCAUGAAAUGGGAUCAGCACAACCUUUUUGCUACCCUCAUUUAAAGUAUUUUAUCUGUCAAUUAACAUAGUGUUUCAUUUUCAACUAUAAGGAUCCAAAUAUCAUCAUGUUUUCCGUUGCCGCUCGCAUUAAUUUUUUUAUAAAAACAAUAUUUCGGUGCCUAAAACAGCGGUGCACAUAAUUGCCACAUUCAAUGUUAUUUCAUGUGAAACUAUAAGAAUCGAAAUACCAUUUAUAUGUACUUACUGUCUGUCAAAUUAAAUGUUUAUCAAAGUAGUAUUUACUGGCAGCUAUUCCGUUGCUUUAAACAGCGGUACCUGUAGUUUAUCACAUUAUAGACUGUCUCAUUUCUAACUUUAAGGAUUAAAUUCCCUUUUAUAUAUUUCCUAUUAUCAAUCACAUGUUAUGCAAGCAAUAUUUAAUGAUAUUUCUCGUGUGUGUUUAAAUAUGUUGUAUCGCUGAAUAUGAAGAGUGUGCAUCUGCGCGCUUCUAAGCAAACAAAGUUGGGUUUCAAGUUCUCGUAAAUUGCAUGGUAUUAAACACGUUAAAAAUAAUCAUAAGUAGACUACGAUAAAAAAGGUGUUUUUUUUUCAAUGAGUUGCAUUAAUUAUAGUUUUGAGCUCAGCCCUACAUAGCACAGAUAUGCUUAGGACAAAGACGGAGUGUUUUCACCUAAUUCCCGUCAAGGGCGUAGCUAGAGGUGGGGGUCCAAGGGUGCCCAUGACCCCCUUUUUGUAAGUUUUUUUUGUCACACCAAGUAAAACAUGGCGUAGAGGUCGACAUGACAGUUUGGUGAUUACUCGCUGAUUGACGAGGUGUAACCCACUUUUCAAAAAAUGCUGCCCCUCGAUUACAGUUUAGGCACUACUUUCUUAAAAUAACAAUACACUUCACUGUAAAAUAUGGAGUUAUAUAUAUCAGCAUGAAUCGUAUAUAUUUCCAUUUUAUCGCUGUCUUCGUUAUUUUAAGGUAUGACUAUUUGUAAAUAUGAAUACUAAAUUGAAUAUACAUUUUGUUUCAGAGGAUACUAUGUAAUCCAGUGAGACAAAACACUAAAAAUUGCUCUCGAAACAAAUUUAGAGCCCAAAAAGCCAGACUGUGGAAAAAAGAUUAGACAUUUUAAAAAAAGGCUGCAUCUCGUCUGGCUCUUUCUUUCUUUCACUCUCACGUCACAACUUUUGUUCAAACGGGACUACAAAGCUCGUGAAGGUAUCGAUCAUGACCCUUUCCCAAGACUGAUAAGAAACCUAGGAAGCGCUCCAUGGCUGAGAUGAUGCUAAAAGUUAUGUAGGGAAAGUUUGGUCAGCGCCAGCAGGCAAUCCCUUGGGUAUUCCGUAAUUUGUGAAUGCGCACAGCUCAUGAGUGAGCGCAGCGAACUAGUGAGAUGUCGAGUUGAACACAAGAGAAAUGCUAACACCAAAGCCACUGAAUACGUAACUUUCGAUUUUUCUUUUAGUAUAUUGGUUUUCUUCCUCCUAUAGGAAAGUUUGAACCUCACUGCCUGUUAGCAAUACAGAUUUUUUAGUGUUUUAGCCGCCAUAAUUCGAGGAAGCUCCGACAAACAACUUGUAUUGAGAAUCGUAAAGGCUUUUCCGUUCAUUCAUCAACCUGACCGAGUGGCACCAAAUGCGAGUGACGUGUCAGCAGCUGAUUGGGUAUAUCAACCCACGUGCAAAAAUACGAUAUUUUUUCACGUGUGCUGUUAUGGCUUUUCUCAGGGCCGGAAGUUUAUGUGAUAAAAGAUAAUUUGGUUUCAUCAGCUGAGUUCAUAAAACUGACGUUUUGAGCGUUUACCCCUCGUCGGAGCGAAUUGAAGAAUAUUAGAUUGCUUGGAGUUAACUUCAAAAAGGGCAUUAGUUUCAAAUAUUUCAUUUGUUAUUAUUAUUCAUUUUAAUAUUGAAAUUGUGAAUAUCGGGAAUAAUAUUCCUUUUGGCAAAAGUAACGCUUACCUGUGCGAUACCAUUCGACCCAAGUAUAGAUGAAUUGUGAUUGUCAUUAAAGUUGCCUUCGUUACGUUGCAAGAAAUGGAAAUGCACUUUCGUUGUUGUUGUUUUAUUUUUCUGCUUUCCAUUCGGUACCACUCUUUAAAUAAGGACCCUUAAUAGUGAGAAGAUGGGAUACAAUUUAGUUUGGCCACAGUUACAGGGGCGUAGCCAAGAUACUUCAAAUGGGGGGUAACACUAGGUCAAACAUAGGGUACACACUAGAUUUUUAUUUCGACCUCCAUGCCGUGUUUUACCUAAUGCGAUAAAAAAAGCUUACAAAGGGGAAGGGGGGGGGGAGGGCACGAACACCCCACAGCCCUUGGGUUAUGUGUCUUUUGGGUUUUCGAGGGAGAUGGAAAGGACAACCUUACAAGAAAAAGAAGGAAAGGAUGGAAGGUGAAAGAAGUUUAUAAUCGAAAUCUUAAGACUUUUCCCUCUGAAUUUUUUUUGGAGGGAUGUCUGAUAUGCUUAAUAUCCAUGUGACGUACAGCGAAACGAAGAAACUCACAUCCUGUCAAAAAGGAAUACGUUUUCUGGAAUUUCGUGAUUGAUUCCAAAAAAAGACUUCUCUGUUACAUGCGAGGGGAUCACAUUCAAGAAACACGAUGAAGAUAUGCUGAUAUUUCGCAAACAUCAAUGAAUUGUCACGUUCAGUUGAAAACUGUGAAAUUUACUAUUGUAAGGAAGGAAAGAAAGACCACUGAUUUGUACAUUGAGAUCUUAAUCGUGCAGGCUAAUUUCUUCGUUGUUUUUGCUUUAUUAUCAUUUUUUCGGAACUUAUGAAAUUGUGAUCAGUUUGCCCAUAAUUUUUUUAAUUACCUGUGUGCAACUGAUUUUCUUCGGAUGUUAGCUUUAUUUAAGGAAGGCUUCUGAAAUUUUAGUGCCAGCUUAAAGGAGAUGAUUCAGUAAAGAAAAAUAAUAAUUCUAGAAAGAUCGUAUUUAAUUGGUUAUUGAUCAUAAAAUAUGAAGAGAUUUUGUAAAUUAGGUGCAUUUUAUCCGCAUAAGUAUCUGAAUCCUUUGCUUAUUCCUUUUCAAUUGCUAAAUAAAAUGUUGAAAUCCCAGAACUCGAUCAGAACAUUCGCCUGGUUUCGCGAAUAGUUUAUGAUGCUUAAACUGAUGACAGGAAUGACUUAAAAGUUUUUCAUUUACCACUGCAGGUUAAAAUAUUUCAGAUUUUACAUUCAAACUCUGUUUAAUUCAUUCAUUGCCCAAAUUUUCUCAUGGCAUAUGCACUUAGAAAAGUGAAUCUCGAUGAUGGCUUUUUUUACAUGUAUUCAAAGCAACAUUCAUGAAAAUUUUAAUCCCAAAAAAUUCGUUAUUUGGGUAGUUCAGUCCUUUUUCUUCAACACUGUCAGCAAAGGUUUAUUUUUGUUUCAUUUGGUCUCUUUGUAUGUUUCAAUCUUUUGUUUUGAUGUCACUCGUUUGAAGCAGAGCGUUCACAGCGAUGAAGGAUGUUUCCGUCAUCAAGCGUUUGACUCAGAAAAAAGAACAUUGCAUUUGGAUUAAAAAUCGUCAUGAUUUCGAGAGAGAAGGAAUACGUUUUUCCCUUAAGAAAUAAGUUGACAUGUUCUGGGUUGAGCCUGUAGAGGUAAGGGCGAAGUUAUAUUUCAGGAGGCGAACUAUAAAAGGUUUAGACGGUGAACUUGCAAAUUAGUCAAUUGCCCAAGGAUUUUCAGGACACUUAUGAUAAAAAGCUAAACGAGAAGAAAACCACUACUUGCUACUCCACAUACAUAACUGCUAUACUUAACUAGCUCAUACUUUUCGUGAGAGUAACAAACCUCUAAAUGUAUCAAAAACUUGAGACACUUGCACAUUCCCUUCAUAUUUGUCCACAAAAUAAAAUCCAAACACAAAAUAUCUAGAUUUGGUCGAGCGUGAAAGCUUAGCUCCAGUAGGCUAAUGCUAAUACCCUCAGAACCAGCUUUGCCAUCACACGUGAGUGAAAGAUUGCCCCCGUCCAUAUCGAUUAAUGACGUGACUUUGCAAAUGGCCUUAAAGUAAAAAUUCCGCCAUAUUAGAAGUUAAAACUGACUUCACCAUGUAAAAGAGGAAAAAAAACUCAAGGUAAAAACCUUGUAUUAAUGUCAGUAUCAGAGAAACUAUGCACCUACCCCUUCCCCAACUCAACAACAGUCAACUGAUAAUAAUUUAGGGUUAAUGUUGGGUCAGGGGAGGAGUAGGUGCACAGUUGAUCAGAGACUGAGACAGAUCCAAAAUUUUUAAGCGCGUGACUUGUUAAUUACUGACAGAAAUGUUAAUCACUCAUAAAAAUAAGAUUUUUAAAACUCGCCUGAAAGUAUGUAUGAAAUUUUUUUUUCUUUUUCCUAUAUCAUUAAGUUAAAAAACACUCCAAAUAUAGCCUCUAACUAUAGAUUGAAUUACCGUAAUUAGUAACCCUCAUCAUCACUCAAGCACAAACGGGCCUAUCUUGUACAACCUUUCCCUUCCCCCAAGUCUUCGUUUGGUGUUGCAAGCUGGAGAGUAAGAAGGACAACUUCAGAUGCCUGCUAGAGGGCCUUUUUUCUGGAAUAGGGAAUGUAAUCAUUUACACCGAUGAACUUGAGACAAAACGAAAAGGAGGGGCUAAACACCCGAAAGAUAAACUUUAUUUUGCCUCAGCUUCUCUCGUAUCUGCAGGAACAACAAGGUAAUAAACUUUGAGGUAAGUACAUUUGUAACAUUGUAUUAAACACUUAGUGAAGAGCUAAGUCGCUAUACAGGGUCGGUCAUCUGCUCAAGGCCAGUUUUAAACGGCCAUUUUAUAGUUUUGGGUCGAGAAAAUUUAUCAAAUCCCUUUUAUUUCUUUUAUAUCUUUAGAUAAUUUUGUGAGAGAUUGAUUUACUAGCUAGCUCAAACAGAUGAGCCAUAACAAAUUAUUUGACUUCCCCAGUCAACUUCCGAACUUCUGCUUGGAAAUAAGUAAUUCAAAGGACAUACUUGCUUAUAGUUUUUUUUUUUAUUUAUGGAGUGACUUUUAUAAGUUGUUGAAGUUUUUUUAAAUGUAUGUUUGUGAUUGAAUUCUAUCCGUUGGCUACCCAUUUGAAAGUAACACAAACACUCAUCGAACACGAGUUUUUGGUGAUGAUCUAAUGUGACUGAUAACUUCUUGUUGGAUCCUCUUCAUUUCUUUGUCUUUUUUAUUACAUUAUUGUGAAUCUUGAUUUUUUGAUAAUGGUUUUCUGAUUUCUUAAGCACCAAUACAUGAAGCCAACAAUAUGGUGCUGUUUGCAAAUAUUAUGAUUCCUGAUAACUUAACUUAAAUCAGACAGCUCUGCAGCAUGCAUGACGAUGCAACAUGACCAUAACAACUAAAAUGCGUAUAUCCAAUGGAAAGCUAUUUUCUCUUCUAUGGUUCGUCUUCUGUUUUCGGUCGACUGCAAAGAAAGCCUCCGCACUUUUCCGCAUGAACUGAUUACAUGGUUCGUGAAAGCACAUGAUUUUAUCCCGGUUGGAGGAAGGAAGGCGCAAUUGCAUCUUUAGCGAAUGAUGCACAUGCGUGCAACACAAAAUUUUGUCAGUCAUGGAUUGGAUACCGCCGAUACCUCAAUAUGGAUUUAAUUUCCUCCCCCAUUCCGAUACUCUAACAACUAGCAACAUCACUAGAAUCCAUUCUAGUAUACUGAGAAUUUGCGGCAUCACUCGAAUAUAAUAACAACCGGCCGCUUGUGCGCCUGCCUCUACAGAAACUUGUAAAUACAACCAAAAACUCACACAUAUCCGAUGAAAUGUUUUUUUCCUUUUAAAGAGUUUGUUUACCGUUCUCUUAUACGCAAUCGACCAAGUGGUCAUCGUUCGUCACGACAUAUUUUAAAGGGCGUAAAUCUUAAUUUUUUUCUUACAUUGCGAUUUAUUUAAGUCGAUAAGGUAUUCCACAAUCGUUUUGAGAUUGAAUUAUCCCUUUUUUCUGUGUUUCGGGGGGGUAACGUGCUAAUUGGUCGUAUACGGUUUUUUGUUGAUAAUUUAAGGUGGCUCUGCUUUCCGAACUUUUGCAGUUGAAUGUAGAAUUCAAUCUUUACUCCUGGAUAGAAAGACGUGCUCGACACUCAUUGGACACUUAGUACAUCCGCGGAGUAAGUUUGGGAUCAUUGGAAGGAAGUGAUAAAGUGUAUGAUAAAUGCAACCAAGACAAAUUUAAGAGGGAGACUUUUCGAGUUACAAAUACAUUUCCACGGACGGAAAUAGAAUCUUGAGACGGAAGAUAAAAAAAAAAUGUUAUAACUUUAAAAUCCAGGCGCCUAAUGCAAUGACGGGUAAUUUAGUGUUAACAACUGAGUUGAAAACGUAAAUUAGCCACCGUAAUGGAUAAAAAAGCUGACGUUUCGAGUGUUAGCCCUUCGUCAGAGCGAUUGGAGGAAUUGUGGGUUGUGUGGGUUUAUAUGCAGAAAGUGGAGCUACAUCAUUGGUGGGAAUAUGGUGACGAGAAAACAGGAAUAAAUUAGUGGAAUGAAAAGCGCUCGUUGAUUCCGUGGGGAUUAAGGGUGCCGAUUUGGAAGAUAAAUUUUUGUUCUAGUGUUUUGCGGCUUUCCGAACUGUCUAGAUGCAAGGAAAGGCCGCAAACUUUCAUAUGCUGUUUAAAAUGAUUAGGGAGAUUAAUGUGUCUAGCGACUGGUUUGGAUGCGUCCUCGUCAUUUCUUUCCAUGUCGCGAAGGUGUAUAUUGCAGCAUGAUGACUACCAAAACUCCAGACAGAAUGAAUCAUUCAGCGAUAGAAAGAGUAUUAAAAUUUUAGAGAGCAUGUACAAAACCUCUUAACGCAUCGUUAAGCAGACAUGUCGGGGCAUGUUUCAUUAUCCAAGGCCUGAAGUUUUGGAAGAUAUAACCUGCAUCAACUAUCGCAGGUCGAAAACGACUGAUAAGGAAUAGUAUAAAUCAUGAUGAUCCUCCUCCCAACUCUUUGGCGGUUGUUUCAGUUGAGGUCUCAAAAUGUUUAAAAAAAGAGUCAUCGCUCCGAUGAUCCAGCUCAAGAGAAGUUAAUUCUACAAAACAUACUUCCUUAUUGGAACCCCUUGACCCCUCUUUGGAAGUCUAGCUAAUAUUUAACACCAGGAGCAUCGUUUGUCGUAUCGUGGUUCUUAUCACAAAUUUAUUAGGACUCUUCAGUGCUGUGUGGACGGCAAUACAUAACAAAAUGUAUUGCAAACCGAGGAACAAACUUUCGAGUCAUAAAAAAACAAAAUGAAUACUUUGGUGAUGGAAAUAGGAUCAAAAGCGCCAGGGAGCAGAAACAAAAUCAAGAGCACAUUUAAAUGAUAGAAACAUUUGCCAUUUUCGGCAGCAUGACUUUCAAAAAUAAUUCACAUACAAUUUUUCUCCUCUAACUACGUGAACAACCACAAGUUAUUAAGCUUUAACGCAUAAAGAGCAUUUUAAGGAAGCAUUUCACCAAGCUACCAUGUCUGAUGUGUUUCCUCCUUGUUUAAUUAAACUCUGUUGUCCAGACUUAACCAACUAUGAUAAGCUAUUGCAAUGAUCUAGUAGAAUAUUUUCAAGUCUCAAACUGAAUUCGGCAUCAUUCGAAUUCCAACACCGCUUCUGUUGGACGGCUCAGAAGAAACGUUGCAAAAGAAAGAAGAAGUUGAAUUGUCUUAAUGUGAUUAUUGAUACAAUUUCCCAAUUUCCAAUGCAGUAUAAACUUGCUUACACUUAUAAUAAAAAAUAAAAAAAAAGACUGAAGAGCAAAACCUUUAAAGUCGUGACUUUGGUAACUACUGACAGAGGUUCUGAUCAUUAACAGGAAUAAGACUAAAAACACAGACUCUUGGGGGCAUUCACAAACCCACGACCACAUUCUUGAUUACAGCAAUUUUUGUUCAAGUUACUAAAAAAAGGUCCUUUCCCUUCCCCCAGGCGACCUGGUUCUCACACCAAUUGUUUAUGCAACAGUAGAUCCAAUGAGUGCCAUCUUACGACAAAAGAAAAGGGAGAGGCAAGCCAUCUGACUGAUAAACUUUACUUCACCUCAGUCUGUGUCAUAUUUGCGAGAGCAACAAGUAAGUAAACUUCAAGGUAGGUACAGCGUUAAAUCAUCCUGUUAUUUUCACUUUGAGCCGGGAGAAGUGAAGCUAUACCGGGUCGCUUCAGUGGCCGUCGAUGGCUAAUUUCAAAUGACGAAUAUCAGAGUUUUAGGAUGACCAAAUUUGUGAUAUUAACUUUGUAACAACUUCCUUUGCUAUUCUUUUAUAAUGUUUCAGGGGACUGGCCUACUAGUUAGUUCCCACUUAGUUUCAAAUGGUCUGAUCCAAUAAUCAAUUUGAAUAUGAAAUUUAAAUCUUUAUUCUUCCGCCGUUUGCAAAUAUAACGGAUCUUGAUAGAUUAGAGCUACUUGACUCAAGUCAGAAAGUUUUAUAGUAUUCUUGAAGAUACACCAUAGCAAUAACAACGAAAACUCGCAUAUCUGAUGGCAAGAUAUUUUCCUUUUAGGGCUUAUCUUCAUUUCUUGUUCGACAAUUUUCGCAUUUGUCCACAUACACUGAUUACAUGGUUUGUGAAUACAUAUGAUUAUAAGUGGGCAGAAAUAAUAGGGUAUUUUACAAACUUUUAUAAGCCUCAGAUGGGAUACCGCUCAUACCUUAAAGUGGGUUUAAUUUUCUUCCUAAUUCUGAUACUUUAAUUGUUUUCAACAUCAUUCAGUUCGAAGCCAUUCCCACCCUCAUGUGACGGCUUUUAAAACGACGCGCUAAGAUAACCUAACAAAUGGCGCGUCCUAGCGAGGUUUUUAUUAUUACUUUCCGACUUUUCAAUGUUGUGUGCACCGUUCAUGAUAAACGCAAAAGAAAGACGAAAUCUAAUAAAGAAAAAUAAUUGCACACAUUAUAAUUAUUACAGACCGAAUGUUUCAUUGAGCGAUUGAAAUAGCAUCAAAAAGCGCCAGAGUACGUGCAUAAACUCUCAGAACGCAUCGUUAAGCGAAUAUGUCGAGGCAGGUUUCGUUGUCUUAAUCUGCAUCAACUUUUGUAGGUCGAAAACGAUUAAAAACAGUAUUAAUUGUGAUGAUGCUCCUUUCGCCACUUCUUUGGCUUUUUAUUUUAGUUGAAACCAAAAAGCUAUUUAAAGCUCGGAACGAAAUUUAUUGCUCCGACGCUCCAAUCGGAAAUGACACGCCGAUACAACCUGGCAAAUUGCGCGUCCUAGCGGGGUUUUUAUCGUAACUUCCCGACUUGUCAAUGUUCUGCGCACUAUUCAUGAUAAACGCAAAAGAAAGACCAAAUCUAAAAAGAGAAAAUAAUUGCACUCAUUAUAACUAUUACAGGCCAAAUGUAUCAUUCAGUGAUAGAAGUAGCAUCAAAAGCGCCAGAGGACAUACAUAAACUCUCAGAACGCGUCAGAACGCAUAAUUCUAUUUAUGCACUCGGCUUUGAAGCACCAUUGGGAACAAAUGUUCGCUAGUUUUGAUUAGUUACUUUUUGUAGUCACAAGGAUCACAGCAUGGAGCGUCCAAUAGUUGAGGAUGCAUUAAUUUUACAGCAACCUAAAUUGGGUAUAAAAAUGUUAUAUCCUUAAAAUCAAGACGCCGAACUCAAUGACGGAUGAAUUCGCACAUUUGCUGAGGAAACAAGAAAGGAUGCGAAGUUAUCUGAUUGUUUUGGCAAUUGAGCCAAAAUUAUGCCGCUGUUUGCGAAUAAAACGAUUUCUAAUAGAUAAAAGCUACUUAACUUAAAUCAGAUAGCUUUGUAGUAUUCUUGACGAUGCCGUGAGUAUGAUAAUAACAAAUGAAAUUCGCAUAGCCAAUGGAAGCCAUUUUCGUUUAUUAUGGCUCAUUUCCGUUUCUGUUCAACUGCGAUCGAACACCUCUGCAUUUAUCAGCAUAAACUGAUUAACAGUUUGUGAAUGCAUAUGACCACAUCUGGGUUGAAGGAAGGAAAGCAUCACUGCACAGCGAGUGAUGCACACAAUAAGUGCAGUCAUAACAACUGCAAACCUCCAGACUGAAUGAAUCAUACAGCGACGGAAAUAGCAUCAAAACUGUUAGAGAGCAUACACAAAACCUUAAAACGCAUCGUUAAGCAAGUGUGCACUGUUCAUGAUAAACGCAAAAGAAAGACCAAAUCUAAUAGAGAAAAAUAAUUGCACACAUUAUAAUUAUACACAGACCGAAUGUUUCAUUAAGCGAUUGAAAUAGCAUCAAAAAGCGCCAGAAGACAUGCAUUAACUCUCAAAACGCAUCGUUAAGCGAACAUGUCGGAGCAGGUUUCGUUAUCUUAACCUGCAUCAACUUUUGGAGGUCGAAAACGAUUAAAAAUAGUAUAAAUUGUCAUGAUGCUCCUCUCGCCUCUUCUUUGCCUUUUUAUUUUAGUUGAAACCAAAAAACCGUUUAAAACUUGGAACAAAAUUUAUUACUCCGACGCUUCAAUCGAAAAAAAAGAUAAUAUUUCAAACGUAUUAUUUGACAGUUAAGCAAGUUGAUUGUCCUGUUGUGGUUGUUAUCACAAGCCUGUUAAUUAGAUAUGCUAAUCAGUGACAAACGUAGUAUUACCGGGAGGCAUUCACAUUCCGACGAAACAAUACGAAUACAAUUGCCUUAUCUACUCCUCAUCUUUAGACAAACAUGAUGGCUGUGAUAUUUUUAGAAAGAGAUACAAGUGACUAAAAAAAGCAUAUCCUAGUAAUAAUUAUCCCUUUCCCAUCCCCCAUGUGUCCUUUUCUCGCGCCACUUGUUUAUGCAACCUUAUAUCCAUUGGACAAAGAAAGAUCUAGAAGAGUGUUUUCACCUAAUCCCGUCAAGGGCGUAGCUAAAGGUAGGGGGUCCAGGGGUGCCCAUGACCUCCCUUUUGUAAGCCUUUUUUGUCACAUCAAGUAAAACACGGCGUGGAAUCCGACAUGAAAGUUUGGUGAUUACUCUCUGAUUGACGAAGUGUGACCCUCUUUUCAAAAAAUGCUGCUCCUCGAUUAUAAUGUAAGCACUACUUUCUUAAAAUAACAAUACACUUCAUUGCAAAAUAUGGAGUUAUAUAUAUCAGAAUGACUAGUAUGUUUCCAUUUUCAUCGCUGUCUUCGUUAUUUUAAGGUGUGACUAUUUGUAAAUAUAAAUAAUGCAUUGAAUAAACAUUUUAUUGCAGAGGAUGCUAUGUAAUCCAGUGAAACAAAACACUACAAAUUGCUCUCGAAACAAAUUUAAAGCCCAAAAAGCCAAACUGUGGGAAAAAUAUCAGACAUUAAAAAAAAAAAGGCUGCAUCUCGUCUGGCCCUUUCUUUCCUUCACUCUCACGUCACAACUUUUUGUUCAAAGGAGACUACAAUGCUCGUUAAGGUAUCGAUCAUGACCCUUUCAAGACUGAUAAGAAACCUAGGAAGCGCUCCAUGGCUGAGAUAAUGCUAAAAUUUAUGUAGGGAAAGUGUGGUCAGCGCCAGCAGGCAAUCCCUUGGGUUUUGCGUAGAUUGUAAAUGAGCCCGUUCGUGCCCAAACGUGUUAUUGUGGCGGCGUCUGUUUGAAAUGUUUAUUGAUCUAUUGUUUUGAUUGCAUUCUUUGUUCUUUGUCUUCUAGUUUAUGAUUAAGAUUAAGCUAUUCAGUAAUGCAAUUUUUCAGGGAAGACGCAGCGUCACAGCGUGAAGCAGAAGCCGGACCUUUCUGGAAGCGUGUCUUCACAGUUUCGGCUUCUGCUUCCAUGGUGACCUUGCUAACAACCUUUUGUUUACACUUCUUCGCUCUAUUUCAGUUCCUUACUACGGGGAAAAAGGUAGCUACUGACAAGUUGCUGUAUGAUAACCUUACUUUUGUAGGCUCAAACGCCCUUUUAAAUGGUGAUUCUUUAGAACGAGCUCUAUCAGAUCCGUUUCGCGAAUACCAAUUCUCGUUUUACUAUUCUACUAUUCUAAUACUAUUCUUGUUUUGACAGUGUAUUUAACUCAUUUUCAAAGAGUGGAUUAUCAAUUGCCUCUUGGUUCUAUUCCAACAUUUUUUCAGAUUCUAUUUGCUAGGUGAUGUAAUAUGAUGGACAAUGUUUCCUUUUAAGAGUCAUUAUCAGAUUAGCUUUGAUUUUUCGCGAGUUUGUGGGUAAGCUUGUUUAUUGACGAUGAACAUGUAAUAGCUUUGGAUCCCGAGUGAAAUUUCAUAAACAUUUUCCCUAUUGAGCAUGUGCCUCCUCAAGUUCCGCCACUGACCGGAUGAAACUGAGUUCAAUGAUACUAAGAUCUCAGGAUUUAAGCGAUGGGCUUAAGAAAUCUUGGCUCAUUUGAUGAAAAAGUUUGCUUGUGUAUAUCAAUUUGUGAUUUAAUCUUCUUAACACGCCAUAACAGAUUUAUAAUUUGUCUGGACCGAAACACUCUCGUCGCUUCAAAUUUAAUGUGACCUUUCGUUUAGUAUUUUUUACUCAAUUUCCUGGUAAAAUUUGCUUACGCAUCUUUGAGUCGAGAUCAUAAACAAAUAUCCGUGAGUCCAACCGCAGAUGCUGCUUAAUAAUCGUCUUUAAUUAUGAGGGUGACAUUAUUAAGUGUUCAAAGGUAAUGAUGUAAAAGAUGUAAUCAUUUCUAACCCAACUUUGAUUUGAGUUAGAGAGUGUUACGGCGUUCCAAACCAGGCGCAAAGUAUUCGAACGGCUGGUUUGCUCAUUUAAUGCUUGACUAUUUUUUCGCUCUCAGUUAUUUGCGUGAUUGGCAAAGAAAGCCCUCGCACAUAAUUAAUUUUAAAAGCAAACUGUAAAUGCAUUAUGUUAAAUAAAGGAAUAAGGUUAUUUUGUCAUAUUCCUACUGUCGUGUUGUUGUGUUUAGCUGUGUUGUUUUCUUUCCUUUUGUGUUGUUUUUCUGUUCUGUUUUGUUGCUAUAUUUUAUUGAAUUUUUUUUAGUAGCAUCAAUCUCUUAUUUCCACCCCUCCCCCCCCGCCACAAAGACAAAUUCUCUCGCAAACAUCAAUGAAUUGUCACAUUCAGUGGAAAAUUGUGAAAUUUACUAUUUAAAAGAAAAAUGACCUCUGAAUAGUACAUUGAGAUCUUAAUUGUUCAAGCGAAUUUCCUUCAUUGUUUUUAGCUUUUUCUACUCUUUUUAUUUUCGGCUUCAGUGAAGGAAGGAACCUGUGGAAUUGUGAAUGGAAUUGUGAACGGUUUGUCCAUAAUGUUUUAAAUUACCUGUGCGUAACUGAUUUUAGUUUAGUUAGCCUUAUUCAAGGAAGGCUUCAGAAAUUUUAGUGCCAGCUACAAGGAUAUCAUUCAGUAAAUAAAAAAAUAUAUUACAAGAAAGAUCAUAGUUAAGUGCUUUAUUGAUGAUAAAAUAUGAAGAGACUUUAUAAACUAGGUGCAUUUUAUAUGCAUAAGUAUCUGAAUCCUUUGCUUAUUCCUUUUCAAUGGCCAAAUAAAAUAUUGAAAUCCCAGAACUCAGAAUAUUCGCCUGGUUUUGCGAACAGUUUAUUAUGUUUAAAUUGAUGACAGGAAAAAGACUUAGAGGUUUUUAACUGACCACUGUAGGUUAAAAGCAUUUCAGAUUUUAGAUUCAAACUCUGUUUAAUCCGUUUAUCAUGUUUUGUCAAAAUUUUCUCAUGGCAUAGACACUUAGAAAAGGAAAUAACGAUAAUAGCUUUCUUUUUUACAUGUUUUCAUAGUAACAUUAAUGAAAAAUUUUCAACCCCAAAAAAUUAUUAUUUGGGUACUUCAGUCCUUUUACUGCAACACUGUGAGCAAAACGUAUUGUGGUUAUUGCUGGAGCAUUAAAUAAGCAGACGUUAGAAAUACAAAAGUUGAAUCAGAACAGUAGAUCGCUCUAGUAAGAGUAAUUUGCGUUUAUGUUAAAAUUAGGAUUCAUAUGAAAUCAAGACUCCUCCCUCUACUCUCGCAUUCUCCCUCGUACUCUACAGACUCACAAAAUCUAGUUUCCACCUAGGUUCAAAUACAUUGAUUUCCCUCUUUUCAACAACUUGUUUUCGUUUUUUGUUUGUUUGUUUGUUUGUUUAGUCUGUUUUUUCUUGUUUUUGUUUCCCUUUUUGGGGGGGAAGAGGGAGGGUGUUGACGGUUGAGGGCUUAUUUUAUUUUGUUGUUGUUGCUUUUUUAUUUGGUAUCUUUGUAUGUUUUAAUCUUUUUUUAAUCCUGGCACUCGUUUGAAGCGAUAUAGCGGUGUUUCCGUGAUCAAGCGUUUGACUAAGAAAAAAAUAAAAGUAAAAUAAAAAUACAUAUAGGUUGAUUCUUAAAAAAGCAGCCAAGUGCUCCUUCCAACACAUCAUCUACAAGGAAUGCUAAUCCGUCGCAGGUUUUCCCUUUCAUUUCGUGGUUCUCUGAAAGGAAAGAAGAACCUGGAGAGUUUACUAUAAGAAUAUAAGAAGGUCUGAGGUUGAAUUCCUUAUGGAGACCAUCUUUCUCUCAACUCGAUUUUGCUCUACUAUUCUAAUGUAAUCUUUAAAUCUUUAGACUCCAGGAAUAGUCAGCAUCCAUGUGACAUACAAUGAUACCAAGAGAAUCAUUUCCUAUCAGAAAGGGGGAGAUGUUCAGGGACUCAUCUCUGAGAUCUUGCAACGAUUCUCCGACGUUUUACCUGCCAAUGUUACUUCAGAACAAGUAAAGCUACACCGGUAUGAUAAAACAUUUGAAGAUCUCACAGAAUUAGAAAAUGAAUUCAAGUUUGAUGAUGACCACAAAGUUACCGUGCUCAUUAAGGAGGUACCGGUGCGUUGUGCGUUGUUUCUGAUUCUUAUAGCCUUUAGUGUUAUUGUUUAUAAAUUAAUUAGAAAACUAAUUAAUCCGUGGAACUUCGAUCAUAAUCUCUAGAGCUCGAAUACUGGUGAUUUUGAGAUUUAGCGCGUUAAGGCUUUAACAUGGGUUCAGAAGGUUUCGCCUUAUAGCAAGUUCGCUCUCUACAAAGACAAGUUUCACAGCAAAUCCAUGACAAAGCUCUAUGGACAAACAAAUUCUUUACCAUGUUGAGCAAUGACAACAUGCACAUCUUGUGUUUUAAUCCUGGCACUUGUUUGAAGUAGAGUGUUUCACAGCGAUGUAGAGUGCAUCCGUGACCAAGCGUUUGACUCAGAAAAAAAAGCAUUGCAUUUGGAUCAAAAUUUAUUAUAAUUUCGAUAGAAAAGGAAUACGUGCUACCGUUAGUAAAUGAGUUGAAUAUUUAGGUGGUGAACUUGUUUCUUUAAGGAAACGAACUCGCAAAGGUUUAGGCGAUCAACUUGAAGUUUCUGUAGGAUAUUUAAGACAAUUAGUUUUGUGCGUUUUUAUCGUUUGUUUUGUUUAGUGUAGGUCUGUUUUGUUUUGUUUCGUUUAGUUCAGUUUUGUUUUAUUUACAUUUUUUUUUUGUUUUCUUUUGUUUUGUUUCAUUCGUUUCCUUUCCUUUCCUUUCGUUUCUUUUCCUCUUGUUUCUUUUCGUUUUCUUUCCUUCCGUUUCGUUUCGUUUUGUUUUGUUUGUUCUUCCCUACAUUAAGUCAAGUCAGUCACAUCUCUCUGGUAGCAUGCAGUUUAAACACUUAAGUAAACCGGAAGGCAUAGUAAGAGCAAUAAUAAUUUGACAAAAUGACCCUUUUGAUCAACCUGCGGCUCCUUCUCAGAGGAAGAAAAAGAUCUUCAAUCUUACCUCUUCCCAUCAACGCAGCCAUGCAAUAAGUAUAGGUAAGAAAAUGAUCUCGAAUGAAUUUGGUGUCAAUAAGCACGGGUAAAUUUUUCAAAGAUAACAAAAUCGCACGAGCCCGUAGGGCAAGUGCAAUUCGUAGUCUUUGGAAAGUUUACAGGGGCUUAUUACACCAAAUUGCAAGAGAAAUCAUAUUAUUACUUGUCAAUAAUGUAUAUGAAAAAAAAAUCACAAGAAGUCAAGACAGACGAUACUUUGACAGCGUGCUCUCGCUAUUUGUAAGUCGCACUCGUGUUACAAACUAGUCGGCACUCGUGUUAUGGAUUUAUACUCGUGUUACCUGAGAAUGCACUCGUUUUCAGCCAAUCAGAAGCGCGUAAUUUUUUUUUUUUGGACAUUAUUAAGGAACAAAUGAGCAUUCCACGCAUCGCUAUACUAAGCUGAUUAAAUCUGCUACUUUUCAGGCUGAAGAGAAAGAGGGACGAACACCACGUUGUUCUUCAGACAAUACUUUGAGUAUGCUGCGUAACGGUGAGUCGGCUACGUUGAGUAAUGGUUUUGUAAGGGACUUGACCGAGGAGAGAAUAGAAGUUUAAAAAGAAGAGGUUUAACUGUCUCUGUGUGGUUUUUGUCAAAGUUGAGCCAUGGUAUUGGCUGAAUAAGCUCAAUUAACGUUAUGGAACAGCUGAAGUUAAUUAUCACAUCCAGUGACAAAGAAACUGGCGCGUUUUUCAUUCUAACUUUCGGUUUAUCCUGAAAUUCUGCCUGAUACCCCAAAGGGCAAAAAAAAAGAGCAAAAAUUUGACAAGUAAUAACGGACAGAUUGUAUUAUUCGUUGAUAGAAACGGGAUCAAACAAUCCAGCACAAUUAUCAAAUUUGAUAUCCUGAAUCAAAAUAGGUUAUUACCCAAUCGGAACUCAAGACAAAUAUCACGUGUCAUCAUCACUGUGACCUCUGUCCUACCACAUGGAAGUUAUGUCGCUGGGAUUUAAAUACCAUUUUAGAGCAAGCAAUCUAUCACUGGAUUGCGUUAGAAUACAAUAGUAUUGUAAUACAAAUGUAAAAUUCAAUUAUUUUAUUCCCAUGAUUGACCAAACAGAACCGUGGAAGGAAGAGCCGUUUACGUAUUUUAAAAUCACCGAUGCCACCAUUUAUCGACUGUGGAACCGCUUUAGCAGGAAGGAAGAUGGGAUUGUGAGGAGAGAUCCCAAUAGUGGCGAUGUGCAUUGCGACGGAAGUUCUGAAAAGGGAGACGAUAAAAAUAGUAAGUACACUUUCAUGCUAUCAUGAUCAUAGCAAACAGUCCCCUAGGACUUUGAGUUAAGCCGGAAAAUCACAUGCAGAGAUGGGUGUGUAUUGUGUAUUUUGACAUAUUUAUAAUUCAAUACCCAGUGCCAUAGUUUUCUCUCUCUCUGCACUAAAUCACUGAUCACAGUCUUUAAAGGUGCUGAAACAACUGUCUGAGGAAAAAGGGGGCGGUUCUUUUUGCAGCAAGGAAAUUAUCAGGAUUGUUAUGAACUAAACGCGUUGAAAUGUAUAAUGGCGGUCAGAUGGCGAUUUUCUCUUUUAAUUUACCCCGAUAAGUACCUGAGUGCAAUCAGGUAGCGUUUGUCUGUCGCAAUGAGACGCUGAGCCCCUGAUUCACACAUUAUUGUUUGCACGAAGUGAUAUGUUGUUUUAACUCAACGACAUAUCGCAGUGGGAGAGCAAUGUGUUGUUUUUGCUCCACGCUAUAUCUUUGCAGCUUACAUACUUUAUCAAUUAGUUUCCUCUUUAUUUUUCCCUCACCAAGCAACGAUGCAUCCAAGGUUGCCCUGUUUUCAACCGGCGUGGUAUAAUAUUAUGCAUAGAGAAAGGUGUUUUUUCGUCUUGCCACGAGCGUGGGACAAAGAAAAUUAGACCUUCGGAUUCCGCGCCCCGAUGCUCUACCACCGAGCCACAGAGACUCUACGGUGAGCGGGGUUUAUUACGAAGUUCUACGACACGCGUCCUUCAUACUGAUAGGAUCAGCGAUGUCGUUAGCGUCGUGUUUGUAAGUAGAGGUAGGGCAUCGGAACGCGGAAUCCGAAGGUCUGAGGUUCCAUUGCUAAUAGGGACUUCUUUGUCCCGCGUUCGUGACAAGACGAAAAAACAUCUUUCUCUAUUUCUUUGCCGAGCUCAAAACUUAUCAUCAUUCUAAAUAUUAUGCAUAUCAUGCUUUAACGUUAACCUUGCAAUAUAUGGCCUUAGCAACGGCUCAGAGGAGAACAGGGCGCUACAAAGCUCAAGCCAACAACUUUUCCUCUUUUCCUUUCUUUCAGUAUUUCUUUUCUUAAUCGUUUCUUAAUCCCCUAAAUUACUACACUUUAUGAUCUAGUUUGACAAUUGCUUGAAUCUUUGUUGCUUAAGUCUUCAAAAACGUGUUAUAUAAAUAUCUCAUGCGUCGUCUCUAAAAGCUGGGAGACACAGAUAUCCAAAUCAGUAACCCUGCAACUUAGCGAUAAAUAAUUUCCUAUGAGCAAGAUGUCGUUGUGGUAGAUAUUCUGUGACAUAUGGUUGCCCUUGUUGUUGCUCGCUGGUUAUGAACUGAUGAAAAAACAACUGAAUUGCUUCUUCACUAUGAUCAUAGCUCAUGUAAAAACCAAGUUUAAAAAGCCGAGGGAAGGAGACUACUGCUUUUGUUUUGCCCUCCUGUUCAACGACGCAGACACAAACAAACAAUACGCAAUGAAAGGAAAUGGAAAAGAAAAAAACAUCAUCACCGAAGUAAGGAACUGCAUCAUUUUUUCUAAUCUAGCUUUUAUUAAUUCAUUAAUUCAUUAAUUCAUCCAUCAUUAAUUCAACAGCCCGGUUACCUUGUAAUCCUUUGACUAUAAUUCAUUUCUUUAUUCAUUAUUUAUUAUUUAUUAUUUAUUUAUUGUAAACUUUUUCCGUCAUUCUUUUGUUUUCUUUUUUUAAACUUCCUCCACUUUAAUUCGUUCCCUUUGUUUAUAUUAAAGCCCAAUUGCUAUAUAAUUAACCAUACGAUGUAUGUGUUUGAGGUAACUGAGGCAAAUGAUUUUCCUUUCAAACGAUUAAUUGUUUGGGUAAGCCGACAAUCAAACCGUUCAGGUUAAUUAUAAUAUAACUUUAAUAACAUUUCUUACGAUGGGAUAUUACAAUAUUUUGCACUUAAUUAGGACAGUAUUUAUUAUUUCUAAUUCGACACUCUCUUCUAUUUGCAAGGAAGAAAAUGAAGAUGAUAAUGAUAGGGAGAGCGAUGACGAUAGCGAUGUUUUUUUAUGUUCUGACUUCGGGUGCUUCACGAUCUUCCAACACUACAAUAGCAAACUCUACCUGGGAUGCGAUCACGAUGGUAAAGCAACUCUGGUUAACUCUCCGAGCCCCCAAACUCUUUUUAUCGCUAGCAAAGUUGUUUAACUUGAAAAGACAACUGGAGAAUCGUUUCUCUUUCUUAUGAAUGAAGUCAGCUUUUUGGUAGUUACUUCUUUUUGUUGGAGACGGUUUUCUAAAUUCCAAAGAGACAUAGAGACAUAUAUAGCGUAACUGAUAGAUAUCUGGCAUUCCCUUUGAUAAGGAGCCACUGGUUUAGCAGCUCGUGCUUUCUGUUUUUUUUUUUUUUUAAUUUCACCUAAUUUUAUAAUCAGUAAGACUCACAAAUAACCAUAAAGGAGUUCCAGGUCUUUGCCCUUGAUCUGUUGUUGGUCAACUGCAAAUGAACUCUUAUCAUAAAUAGUGCAUAUGGAUUGUAACAUCUGACCUAUACAUAAGAAAAAAGUGGCAUAUCGAUCAGUUGGUCACCUGCUGUUUUAUCCAUAAUUUAUUUCAUAUAAACUAGUUGUGGUGAGAACAAAUGGCCCACCCAGAUUUGCCUUGCUCACGUGUGACUUCCUAACUUAGAUUGUAAUGGCGCCCAGCUAAUAUCUAGGAAAUCCUGAAGUUUACUCACAUUUAUUCUUACUGAAGUUAACUUGUAAUGUAUAAGUUUUUUUUUUACUUAUUACACAGUUAAAGUUGGAAAGAGAAUUUUCCAAGCCGUCAUUAAAGAAUUUCAAAAAUUAAAGUUGCCUCUUUGAAUAUAGGGAACAUAUAAACUGCGCACCAUUACCAAGAACUUCGAAUAUACUGGACUACUAUUAUCACAUGAGCGGGAGCGUUCUACCGGGAACUAAAACUCUCAUAGAAUCAAUAUAACCAAUAUUUCUAGGAAACCAGUGCCUAAUAUUUUGUAUAUAACACAACGGGUCAUGAAAUUAAUCGCAGCUAAGAACACUAUUGAAACGAGUAGUUGAAAAUAGGACCUGAAAAAAAUUCAGGCCCGUAAGGGAUUUGAACCCUUGACCUCUGCGAUACCGGUGCAGCGCUCUACCAACUGAGCUAACAAGCCAACUGGGAGCUGGUCAAUGUGUUGGGUCCAAAUAAACCAUCCAAGUAAUGAAUGAUAAUUUUAGAUAUAUGAAAUUCAUAUAUUUGCACUGCGGUGAAGAGAUGAAAUUUAGAGAUCCUCGCAGCUAAGAACACCACUGAAACGAGUAGUUGAAAAUAGGACCUAAAACUGAGCAAACAAGCUAAAAUCAUCAACUUGGAUGGUUUAUUUGGACCCAAACUAAACAAAAUGCAAAUCCAAAAAAAUAUAGAUUUGCUAAAGCCUAAAAAGUUGAUUCCAGGUUAAUUUUAAUUCCUGAUCUUAAAUAGAAGCUCGAACCGGCUGUUGAGGGGUUUGAUCAGCUCAGUUAGGUAAUAUGAUGAUUUUAUUUCAGUUUUUUAACCCAUAAAGCUAAGGGGCGCAUGCAAACACGUGAAUGCCGAUUAGUUCAAAAUUAAUGCAUGAAAAACAAACCCUUUCCUUUUUACCCCUAAAAAGAAACAUAAUGUACAAAAGGAGAUUUAAUCAUAUUUCUAGGCCUGAUAGGACGAUCCUUGUUUCUUCAUCCGGUUUCAAUUCAACCCUGCACAACUCGCAUAUCUUUUUCAGCACUUGCAUAUGUCAAAGUUCCCAAUGGAAGGGAUGUAAGUAUUAUAAAAACACCACGAUCGAAAGCUUGAGCCCUUGUAUACAUUCACAAAAUUCUGUACAGAGUAAAUCAGUUUAUAGACUCUCCUUAUAAAGCGGUGACGUAACUGUGCCCACAACGUAGCUGACCGCGCAUACUUAUGGGGCCACGAUCAACCACGUUAGUUGCUAUAUGAGUUAUAAAUUCCGUUACCAAAACUAGAGAUCACCAUGACUUGCAAAUCAUAGUUUUCAAAUGAAUAAAUGUUUUAAGGCAGUCGUUUUUUUGGUUGGGGUAAUGAAGACAGAAUUUGGCUGGCCAAAAAAAUGGAUAUAUUUCUUUAAUCAUCAAACUGUCAAGCGAAUGCUUCGAAAGACAAAAUAACCCAUAGUAUCUUGAGUGUUGAGGUAUUUAUCAUAUUUUGUCAACAUGUGUUUACAUGGAUUAAAUAAGCUAUACAAACUUACGCUUUAGAGAAGCCAAAGCUUACUACCUGAGUGACGAAAACAAGCGAAUGAUCGACUCCGCUUAUACAACUAAACCUUUCACAAUGGCUUCUUGGAAGUAAACCUUUCAAGAGUGUGACCGUUACGCAGAGAUAAGGAAAUAAAACAACACAAUCAUAUGUAUCAGCGGAAGUUCCAUAUUAAGUUGUCUUCUUCAUUGUGGCGUAAAAUCACGAAACCCCACCGUCAGAUCUAGACAAGCACGUCGGAAUUAAUUUCCAUAUCUUAGCCCUAAAGCGAUCAUACGAUGGCUGCUUUAUCUUUCGAAGAGACACAAGUAACCAAAAGAAGGCCUAUCCUAGAAACCCUUUCCUUUCCCUGUGAUGUUCUGUUUCUCACGACAGUUAUUUACGCAACCGUAAAUCCAAUGAGUGCUAGCUUAGGACAAAAGACAAGGGAGAGGUUAGUCAUCUGACAGAUAAACUUUAUCUUUCUCCUGCCUGUGUCGUAUCUGCAAUUAUCACAAGUUAACAAACUUCAAGCCGGGUAAGUAAAACGUUCAACCAUUGUUUUAAACAAUAGGAAGAGAUCUACAACUGAAGCCAUACCAGAAGCUAUAUGCUCCGGAUUAAAAAAAAGGAUAAUUCUACAAACCAUACUUCCUUGUUUUAAUCCAUUUACCACGUGUAGGAGCCUAUUAUUAGACAACCAAGAAAACUGCUCGUCAUAUCGUGGUUGUUAUCACAACUUUAUUAAGACUUUUCCGUGCUUUGGCACAAUAUAAUACAUGCGAAAAGAAUAGUGAAAAAGGAUGAGCAAAACUUUUACAGUCAUGACUUCAUCACAAAUUACAGAUAUACUAAUAAGUGACAGAAAUGGAAUUAAAAACACUCACACCAGGCGGCAUUCACAAUCUGACAAAACACUUCAAAGGCAAUUGCCUUAUUUAGACAAGCAUGUCGGCUGUGUUAUCUUUCUUUUAAAAGAUAGAAGUCACUAAAGAAAAUCCCAUCCUAGGGAACCUUUUCCAUCUCCCCUGUGUCCUACUUCUCACGCCACUAGUUUAUGCGACAGUUGAUCUAAUGAGUGCAAACUUAGGGCGAAAGAAAAGGCAGAGGCUAAUCAUCUGGCUGAUAAACUUUAUUUUGCCUUACUCUUUGGUUUAUCCGCGAGCAAAAAAAAUUAGUAAACUUUAGGGUUAGUACAACGUAGAACCAUUGUUUUAUUCACUUGAAAGAGAAGUGAAGCUAUACAGGAAACUGUAUGCUCCGGAUAGAAUAACGUCGCGUCUACAAACCAUGCUUCCUUGGUUAAAUCCCUUGACCUCGUGUAAAAUGCUACUGAUUGACAGCCGAGCAAACUGUUUGUCCUAUCAUGGUUGUUAUCACAACUUUAUUAAUUUGCUACGUGGACUAUUUACAUAUGAUACAUGCAAAAAAUAGUGCUAACGGCAGAGCAAACCUUUUAAGGUCGUGAUUUCAUAACCAUUGACAGAUAUACAAAUCAGUGACAGAAAUCAUUUCAGGAGGCAUUCGCAAUCUAAAAAACAACUUCAAAAACAACUGCCGUAAUUAGUCCGUAUCUUUCAUAGAGAUACAAAUUACUGACUAUUAUAGAUAAGAAACAAGCUCAUGGGGACUCAGAAUUUUUCCUUUGUCCCACGCUCGUGGUAAGACGAAAAACAUAUUUCUCUAUUUCUUUACCGAGCUCAAAACAUACCAUCUCUCCUCUUAUAUUUACAAACAUGACGCUAUCGACAUUGCUGAUCCUAGCAGUAUGCAGGACGCGUGUCAUAUGAACUUCGUAAUAGACCUCGCUCACCUUGGAGUCUGUGUAGUCAGGGUUAGAGCAUCGGAGCGCGGAAUCCAAAGGUCUGAGGUUCGAUUCUUCAUGAGGACUCAGAAUAUUUUCUUUGUUCCACACUAUUGAUAUGACAAAAAGCAUCUCUCUAUGUAUCUAUAAUUGAAAAGAAUAUCUUUAAAACGAAACAAAAAUAUAAUGAAAUAAAGGAUAAUGCAAACGUAAUUUUUACCCUUGAUAUUUCUUUCUGACCCUUACUAAAUUAGUUCCCAAACCUUAUUUUCGUUCUCUUGGCAAAGUAUAAAAGAGGCCCUUGGGACGUUAAAUACCUUUCUUCGUAUGCUCUGAGAAAAGCAUGCAGAAAAAUGAACCAUUGUGCUCGUUAUAGUAGACAGUGCAGAACUUCAAUAUUGCGUGACAUCAUGAUGCGUUGCGUUACAUUAUAAACUGUCUCAGUUCUUUGAGGAAAUCACCAUAUAAGAGCAUUAGCAUUCAGCCUUCUCUUUUGGUACGCUUCUUCCUGCGAAGAAGCACAUAAUAAAUCAGUUCAAUAAUAUGUUGCUGAUAUUGCCUAGUUCUUGAUCAGUGGUACUAUGAUACAUAUAGCCACACUAGUUAACAAAUAGAGAAGCCUUGACUGUGCUCUGUUCUGUUAUAAAGCACUUAGGAAGCGGCUAGAGCACUCAAGAAGUGGGAAGAAACACUCGACUACGUCUCGUGUUUCUCCCUACACUUCUUUCGUGCUCUAGCCGCUUCCUAAGUGCUUUAUAACAGAACAGAGCACAGUCAAGGCUUCUCUAUUUGUUUUAUAAUAAAGAAUCCGUUAAAUUACCCAAGCAUUACUUUCAAUUUUCAAAACAAACUUUAUUUCCAAAGCGAACAACAAUGUCGUCAGCAUGCUCUAUACUCUCAUAAAGCACGCUACAAAAAGCCAAUCAGAAUCCUUGUUAGAAUGGUUCAAAUAAUCUGAUUGGCUGUACAAGACUAAAGCUGUCAAAAGUGUCAAACCAUCAAAGUUCAAAAACCAUCAAAGUUCACAUUCUACGAUAGUUUACAAACUAAAAUAGUUCGGCAAGUCGAAUUUAACACUUUUGCCUGAAGUUUUUAAGUCUCUAAUAUAGAAUCUCGAAGUGAAAUGUUCAGUGAAAUUCAACCGAAUUAUGGCUCAUAAAAACACGCGAGUUUUUUCCACAUGACAAGGUAGAAAACAAGCUGUUCAAGGCGAGUGUUUUUUGAAUGAAAGACAGCUGAAUUCACCGGAACAUGAAGAUCGCUCGUGAUGACAGCGCUGCAAAACUCGGCUGCAGUGACCGAUGUGAAUUGCCACUCAACGUAACGGAAAGGAUAUCAGAGCAAGCUCUUAUUUUUUCACUCGAAGAGCGGCCGAUGUAGUUUCUGAGGCUUGCUUUACUGUGAUGACCGGAGAUCGCCAUGAUGAGCGAGCCGCGAUGAACUUAGCAUGAUCAUAUUCGCUCAGACACCGUUAUGAUUAGUAUGAAUUUUAACAAUUAUGCCAGUUUGGUUAUAUUUUUCAUCAUUUCUGUUUUGUCCUGUUUUGUUUUUGAACACUGAACUUUAUAUACUAUACGAGUGUUAGCUGUGUUUGAUUUUUAUUACCGUACGUAAGCUUGCAAUCUAACUGAGCGUGAAAAUCUUUAAAACUCGGAAUGUUUAUUUUGUUUUUCCUUUGAAGAUUUCCGUAUCUGCUCAUCUUUAAAUAACGUAAAUUACGGCGCAUGGUAUGUUUACAAACCUUUGUUUGAUUCUUCUGUUGCUAUUUGCUGGCUCGCUUCAGUUCCGAAAUUUCACUUUCAAUUAUCGGGAAAAAGCUAAAAAGUCCCGGAAAAGGUCGAACAUAGUACAAUUGGCAGAUGGCGUGACAGCUUUAGCUCAGUUCUACGCUCUAUACUCUCAUAGAGCACGCUCUUUCAACCAAUGACAGCGCGCGUUAUAUCCGAACUUUAUUAUAAUUUAUAUUAGAAGUGUAUCUUUUUCAAGAUUGCACAAACUCUCUUUAUUCCUCAUCUGAAUGACUCUGUUAUUUGGGACACGUUUAUUCAGUGGUAGACCACCAACAAAGUCCUUUUUUCGUAAAACAACAGUUUUUUCCUGCUUCCAUAUUCGUAAGGUCUCGUAGAUCUGUCCCGAACCCGCGCCGGCGGAUGUAAAGUUUCGAGGAGUCCCGAAAGUUUCCUUGCUAGUGAGCCGUCAUUAAUCAGCGGUUGCAGUUAGACAGCUUAGUCGCAGAAGUGCCAAGCAGUUUGCGGCUGGUAAGGCUCUAGGUCUCAAGAAGGAUGAAAAUGAAGACGUUCAUUUUGAUGGGCCUCCUUAGCCUCCUGAUAACCAUACAUGCUGCUGUCGGUGACGAAGAGGUUGCAGAGGAACCAAUGCUAGAGCCAAAACUGUCACAAGAGUCGGAACGCGAGUCAAACGCCAACGACGCGCCAUCAGAAGAGGUCAACUCGGAACCUCCAACGGAUUCAACAGAAAACUCUUCCGAAGAUGACAAAAAAUAUGCUCUGGGGUCAUUAUGUAACUAUUGUACCUAUUGCAAGGUAGGUAUCGUUGUUAAACUAGAUAUUAGGAAUGCCUGAUGUGAUCAGAUACAAAUUUUCGUACGAGGAAUUUCUGUACGGUGCGAACCGUUGCGGACUUUGAUCUCGAGAUCACAGUGAAGUAUGCAUCAAUCAAAUUCCGCAUAUUAUUCCUUUGCUAACGAUCUUUAAGUAGGAUUUGGCAUAAGGAAUGCAUUUCUUUCUAAAAGUCCCCAGUCUUCGCCUGUGUGGACGUCGGUUUUUUUCGUAAAAGAAUCACCCCCGCUCUGACGUGAUCAGAUGAUGACAAACUAAUGACACCGUUAAAAAGUGAAAAUGAUCGCAACGUCAGACAACGUUAAAACAACCAGUGAGAUUUAGCUUAGCUUGUGGGCUUUGCCACCCUUUGUCUCUUCAAGUCACUUGAAAAGUUGUUCUUCCGUGUAUCCAAAAUGAAUUAUUCAUGUGUGAACAAAUAUUUGACAACUUGCAAUUAAAAGCAAUCAUUGAACAUACUACCUGUCGUAAUCCUAAGUUUUACCGGAUAACGACAGGUGCUCACGUUGGUACUCAUACACAUCACAGGCCUGGUACUCAUGUGCCAGGUGGUGAAGUGUUCUUUCCAUGAAUCAUCCUUCUCCAAUGGACAAGUUAACCCUUUUAUUCCCAGGAGUAAUUUACUUGCAACUUCUACCCAUAACAUCCAUACAUUAUCCAUGAAGCAGGUCUAAUAAUGUUUAGAUAAAAGAUUUAUCAUGAUCUAACAAUUAAUUCUUGUUACCAAGUUACAAGGAAAUGUGCAGCAGCGAAGCAAGAGAAUUAACAAUUGUGGGAUCAUGGGAGUUGAAGGGGUUUUUAAAAUUUGCUAGUACCCUUCAUGUAGUAACUCUGAUAACUCACUUUUUUCUGGUAGUUUUGUGAAUUAUGUGACAAGGAUUGUCCCUGUGAGAAAAGUAAGAAAAAGCCAAACUGUCACUUGUGCAAGGUAAGUAAAAGGUUUUUAAUCUGUAGACCACCCCUGCUAAAAAUAAUUUGAGGGCAAAAUUUAUAAUUAUCACCUUUCAGAAUCACUAUCUCUGUCAAUAGCUUAUUAUGAGAAGUUCAGUGCCAAUUUUUUAUUGUUAUUAUCAUAUUUCUAUCAUGAAUUUAGGGUAAUUUUUCCCUUUUGUAAUUAGUCUUUGACAUUGAUUUUUUAACUAGGUAAAUAAUUAAGGCAGCUUAUAUUAAGGAAUCUUGCAUUCUGUUUUAAGCUGUCCUUAAAUUGAUUGAAUUGACUAGUUCAAUGUCAUUAAUUUGGAAGUUAUAUUUACUAGAAAACACGAUACAGUCCUCAAGAAUGAGCAACAUACUGGAAUUUCAUUAAGGAAUAGUUUUUUUCUUUUUUUCAUAUGUUUUGUGUAGUGAUCAGCUUUGUAUUAUUUUUUAAUGUUUUGUUGGUCUUUCUGUUUGUGUCUACAGUAUUGCAAAUAUUGUAGCCUUUGCAGUGUUUGUGACACAGUUUGCACUCCAGGUUAGUUCUGAGAAUCAAUAAGAUAUGAAAUCCUAUCAAUAGAGCAUAAUUGUUUUUUUUUACAAUUAGUAUUAUUAUUUGAAAAUCCUUUACCCUUGCUUGAUAAUAGGCUUUAAAUACUUACAACAAUUUUAUCAAAAUGAAUAAGUUCUUGUGCAAUUUGAAACCCUUCAAAUUACAAUGUUUUUGCUUUUAAGAGAGUAAUAUUUAAAAUGUUGAUGGAAAUGUUUAACAUGAAACCAAGAGGAUGUUAGUUGCCAGCAAAAUUCUGAGUAUAUGUAUAAAAAAAGAAAGACACAAUUUAGCAGUAUGAUUCAGGCUCUGCAAAUUCUGAGAAAUUAUGUUGCAAAGUAUUAAGGGGUCAGUUUUUCAAAACAACAAGGAGCUGUUUGUUACAUUUAACCCUUUCACUCCCAUGAGUGACCAAGACAGAAUUUCUCCUUACAAUAUCAAUACAAUAUCAAGCAGGCAGGUGAUGAGAAUAGCGAAGAAUAUCAAUCAUGGGAUUAUUAGUUGAUCCAAUACCAAAUUCUCUGAACUAAAAUCAUAAGACUUGUAUGGCAGAUAGUAAGGAGAAUUACUAAUUAGAUAUUGGGAGUGAAAGGGUUAAAUGCUUGUGGCAAAAAUUAUUUGAAUAUCUUGCACAAGAAAGCAAUUCACUUUUGUUUGUUUUAACCACAGGGGGAGUUAUUGAUGUUGUGAGUUCAGCUAUUUACAGGUAAGUUCCAUAUUGGCUUCUUAACAAGAAAACAAAUAUUUAAAUGUGAGGCCUGAAAAUAUUUAAAAAGCUAGUUCUAGUUAAGUGGCUUCAUAUUUGUAGGUCCUUUAUAGAGUAAAAACCCACAGUAGCCCUUUCAUAAGGUAAUAACACACAUGGUGAGAUGAAAAAAACAUCCAUUCAAGGCACAGCCUACAUGUAGUGUGUCACUGAUGUUCCUGCCACAUUUCGAAGUCUUAGGUGAUCUAUUAAAGAAAUAAAAAACAUGCCAAAGGGGAGUGCUUCUCACACUUCUCAAGUGUUCUUAAGAAUUCCCAAGUGCUUAUAUAACUCAACAAUGUUUGAGGAACAAGUUUUGUUAUUUCUAUUAUAAAAUGUAUGGUAAAUUGUGUGCACGUGUACUAAUGACGUAGGCUGCAUGCAUUAUAUCUCUAUAGUGCAUUCAUGUGACGUAAGGCGCAUGCUUUAUGAAAAUAUAAUGAACUCAUUCUGGCUAAUCGCAGCAUGCACAUUUCUCUGAACAUUUUAUAAUACUGAAUGUAAACACGGCAACAAAUCAUCUGUUUUUCCUAUGUAACAUACAAAGAAAAUGUUGUUAAUUUUGAAAUCAUUUAUACAUUUUUCCUCCAUUCUGAUAUUAAUAACAAGCUGAAUUCCACACAGGUUUUGAUUGAGUCUUAUGAUAUAUUCAAGGACAAACACUUACAUUAAUUUUCUUGGUUUGUGACAAAUUCUAAAAAAAGCUGACUUGUUACGCAUUUUGAUCAUAUCUCAGUACUGAUCUUAAGAACAAAUGGAUUUCAUAUUGCCAUGUGUCUGUUAAGGAACAGAGCACAGAUGAUGUCAAAAUGUGAUGAGAACAAAAAAGUGGCAUACAAAGGACACUUGAAAGUGUCAGUGAUGCUCUUACUACAGCUGAAACAGACCCACAGCAAUAUGAAAUCUACUUUUUUCAAGAUAAUAAAGCACAAAAAAAAAAAAGUUAAUGGUGAGGUCAUCUAUAGGUAUACCAAAACAGUGUCUUUCUCUACUCAUGGUUAAGUCACCAAAAGACAUAAUUCUGUUAACACACAUGUAUUUUUUCCUGUAGCUCUCUUCCAUCUUUUGACAAAGAAACAAAAGAAAAAGUCGACGAUGACAUCAAAUCAGCCAGGAAAUGGAUCAAGGAAUACCUCUGAUGAUUUUUUUAAAGAUACACAGGAUUGCAAAAAUGUUGACACUUCAAAAAGUGUCUACAGUGAAUGAUGAGUCCUUGCAGCUCUCUGCCUACAUAUAUAUAUAUAUAUAUAUAUAUGAUAACACCAUUAGCAGGUAGUGAAUGAUGGAAACAAUCCAUACUUUCCUCAAUGAAAAGGACUACCACAUAAAAGGUUUUUCAUGAAUAGUGAAAAAAAUUUCUCACAAAUUAGUUGGGUCUCAUUACAUGGAUCAUGCUUUUUAGGUGUGAACAUUUUUGCAAUUAAGUGUAUACUGAUCCAAUGUACACAGUUUUUAGAAAUUUUUCUUAUUAUACAAAGGUUGCUGACCUUUUCAAAGGUCCUUUUAAUGCUUACAUGUUUGCUUUAUUAAAUAAUAUUGAAAAAAGUUGCCUUUGAAUUGAUUUUGUGGAAAAGUUUAUCUUGUUUAUGAAAAGCAAAAAUAGCAUAUUUGAGAGUAAAGCGACUUAAAGCUUACUAUUAAAAAUACUGAUUUUAUGACAAAUUUGAGGUGGAUUUUUAUUUAUAAUUAUUAUCAUUAAAAAUAAUGAAUAAAUGUUGAUGAAUUUAACUU